AUGCACAAUAGCGGGACAGCGCGGUGGUGCGCGGAAACGGUCGAGGAGGGCGUGAAGGGCGCGCAGAUGACGCGCAGGGCAGAGGGUAGGGCAGCGGCAGCGGCGAGACGGCUGGUUGGCGAGGCAGCCGCCAGGCGGCACCUCGCUCGACCGCAGCCUCGCUCCCAUUGGCCAGCGUACGGUCACGUGACACGACCGCGGGACGCGCCCGCAGCGCCAAGCGCAUUUGGCGGGCUCGUCGCGUUUAGACGGCGUCGUUCGUGGUUGCUCGUAAGUCUUUCGUGCUGUGUGAAGUGUCGAAUAUCUACGUCGCGCAAUGGCUGGCGGCAAGGCGGGCAAGGACCUGGCAAGGCAAAGGCGAAGGCGGUCUCGCGUUCGGCUAGGGCCGGCCUGCAGUUCCCCGUUGGCAGAAUUCACAGGCAUUUGAAAAACAGAACCACGAGUCAUGGUCGGGUAGGCGCUACUGCGGCGGUGUACAGCGCGGCCAUUUUGGAAUACCUUACGGCCGAGGUAUUGGAGUUGGCGGGAAACGCAUCCAAGGAUCUGAAAGUCAAACGUAUAACACCUAGACACUUGCAGCUUGCAAUACGUGGUGACGAGGAGUUAGAUAGUCUUAUUAAGGCCACUAUUGCAGGAGGAGGUGUCAUUCCACAUAUCCACAAAUCUCUUAUUGGCAAGAAGGGUUCGCAGAAGCCAGCAUAAUUUAGCGACAUUAAUUGACAUUGAACAUUUCAAGAUUCGUGGGCGGAGGAAAGAGUUGGUCCAGUGCUUGUUAACAAAGUGUACCUAGGUUACUAAAUCGAUGGCGACUGGCGUGAUAUAUACAUAGAUAUAUAUAUAGAUAUAUAAAUAAAACAGUAUAUUGAGAUAUAAUUUAAUAUAGAUAAAAAAUGAGAGUUAAAGAAAAGACAAAUGUUCAUCGAAAAUUGACAAACGGACAAGACAGGGAGAGGGAGAGAGAAAAGGAUUCUAGGUCGAGUAGGAAAUUUUUAGUGUGUUACGAGCGAUGCGUUGUAGCAUGGCUUGAGAUCUGGCAGUCUUUGGUACAGUUUGCAAUUUUUGAACAUUAUAUAAACACCAGAAAAUGUGUGAAAGUCUGUUUAAUUAUUUACUAUUGUGAGCGAAGUUCAAUGAUUAAUAAACCGCCAUCGUUUAACUUUUUCAAAUCGCGUCAUGUGCCACUAUGUGAAAGCAGGUUUUACUAUUUUGCUAACGUAUCGUAAUCUCAUAGAACACACGUAAAUAGUUUAGUUCAUCAUUUCGUACGAAUUUCAAUAUACUUUGAGUUUAUCGCACAUAUGUUUGUCAGUAGGAUUCCAAUAUAUGGAUUAUAUAAACAGUAAAGAUUUCCUUAUCGUCGAAUUCAUCACGAAAAAAGAAAAGAGUAAACGGCAGACAUUUGUACUUCCAGUACAGUUUUUACAACUCAAGUAAUUUGCCAAAUUCUUAUAAAAAUACUUAGAAACGUUUUAAACUACUAGUUAGAUAUUAUAAAUUAUCUCUCUCGUUCACCAGUUCACAAGUUUCUUGCGCUUUCCUCCUGUCAGAAUCAUGAUGUCUAUUAUAGAGUUCUGAUAAAAAAUACCAACGAUUCUAUAGUUUGAAAGUUUAACUACGUGACUUCAUUGUACAUAAAGUUUUUAAUUACAAUACAGAAAACUCGUGUAACAUAUACGUCAAAUAUUGAGUUUUGUGAGCUUCUGAAAUUAAACUUCAGCUUUUCAUAUCAAAAAUUAGAUUGUGGAAUGUUCAGUACUCUAUUAUAAAUUUAUUUGUAUCUUGAUGCUAACGAAGAUUGACUUCGUUUCUUGUAAAGUAAUCUGAAAUAGAUGUAGAAACAAUUCGAGGGUACUCGAAAGUUUAUUCGCACUUGUGUAAUAAUCUAUUUUUAUUUCUACUCUAUAUUUUUUCUUUCUUAUUUUAACGUUUGUCAUUUCGUUAUUCCUACGAUUUAGCAUAAUUUUUAAUGUACCUAACGGUUUCACAUCAUAUGUAAAACGUUCAUUUUCAUAAUAAAGAUAAAUUUUAUUAAA